AGCACUGGCAGAGGUGGUGGCGAGAAGAGAGAAAGAGGUGCGGUGUUGCGUGACUGAUUGCGAGUCCGAGCGUGUGUGUUUGUUGUGUUGUACGAGGAACAAAUUUGUACUUCUCUUAUUUGGGAAGAAAACGAGGAAAACAAAAAAAAAAGGAAAAUAGGGAAAACCGUUUCGCUUGAUCUUUGUUUUUGGGGGAAAGAGACCGCACGUUUGGAAGAGAAAAGAAUCAUGUCGUCGUACAUCCAGGUUGCCGAGGACGAAGGCGAUGAGCCGAUUGAAUUGCCGACUGAGGACGAUAGCACACUUUUAUUGACUACCGUAACCGCCCAGUUCCCCGGGACAUGUGGCCUGAAAUAUCGGAAUCCAGAAUCUCGGACGAUGCGCGGCAUUCGUCUCGUUGACGGGCGUCUUCAUCCACCGGAAAAUGGAUGGGGCAAGGCGAUUUACUUCUGUGUUUUUCCAAAAGAGAACAAACGUAAAUCUGAUGACAAUUUGGAAAAUUCCACAGCUAAGACUAAAAGAAUGGAAACAAAGUUGCGUUGCACAGACUUGAUCGUACUUGGUUUACCAUGGAAAACAACCGAGCAGAACUUGCGAGAAUAUUUUGAAACAUUUGGCGAAGUACUCAUGGCACAAGUUAAAAAAGAUGCAAAGUCAGGACAGAGCAAAGGAUUUGGCUUUAUUAGAUUUGGAAGUUAUGAGUCUCAAUUAAGAUGUCUUGCUCAGCGACAUAUGAUUGAUGGGCGAUGGUGUGAUGUCAAGGUUCCCAAUAGUAAGGAGGGAAUGAUUCAGCAAGUACCCUGCAAGGUAUUCGUGGGACGCUGUACAGAAGACCUAACUGCUGAUGAUCUGCGCGACUAUUUCUCCAAAUAUGGCGAAGUGACGGACGUGUUCAUCCCAAAACCUUUCCGUGCAUUUUCAUUUGUUACUUUCUUAGAUCCCGAGGUAGCCCAGUCCCUAUGCGGCGAGGAUCACAUUAUUAAAGGAGUGUCUGUACACGUGUCGAAUGCCGCACCGAAGUCUGAGGGGAACAAUAAAAAUUUCAAUAAUCAAGUGAACUCGAACAUGCGUAGAGGCGCUCCAGGUCCCGUCGAGAAUAACGUGCAGGGAAACUAUCAGGGUAACCGAUACAUGGGCCACUCAGGUAACAAUAUGGGUCCAAAUGGCUGGAACAAUCCAGGGAAUCGGGGCAAUCUGGACAUGCCUAACCUUCAAGCAUUGGGUAUUACUGGGCAAAAUAAUGGCGGCGGUGGCGGUGGCGGUAUGUCAAAUCCAUUGGCGAUGGGAGGGCUGAAUUUGUCCGCGUUACCAGUCAACCCGGCUUUGGUCGCAGCUGCACUGAACCAAGCAUCUUGGGGUCUGAUCGGUAACUUGCAGAAUCAGGGAAACGAUCAGGGCUAUUCGAACCAGCCUGGCCCACCUGGUCAACCACCUUCAGGCAACAAUAGUAUUGGUAACAGUGGAAACUCUGGCUUUCUCAGUUGGAUGAAUCAAGGGGGUGGUGAUGGUAAUACUGGCAAUCCUGGAACAGGUGGUCCAGGCCCGAAUAAUCCAAACGCAUCCCAAGGUGCUUGGCAGAAUCAUCCAGGACAACGUGAUCAGAAAUCAAACACCUUUCUCAAGUACGAAUAAGCUGCGUCGAGGGUCCCAGUAUAGUGCUGGAAAGGGCGACGAAUCCGUUCCUUUGAUCCUGACACACGUUAACUACAAGUGACAAGAGUCUAGGCAAGUGUAUGUAGGUACAAAAUAAUCUUCUUCAUUUAUAUAAAGAACAGAACCAAAGCCUCUAUCUCUCAAUGGAGGAGAACGGGUUCCAUGAUUAUUCUUUCUGUAUGUUCCACUAUCUCAGACAUACAGAGAGAAAUGAUAUAUUUUCUUCCCUUUUUUCUACUUUUAUUCAAAUUCAAUUUCAUUUGAUCAUGAUGAUUAUAUAUACAUAUACAUAUAAGAUAGUGUGCUCUGUGGAGAAAAGUAACAAACAAAAUGAAAUAACACUUUCUGUCUUUUAGCACGUCACACAAGAAAAUGAUAUGUAUUUCUAACUCUACAUCUCUGUCUUUUUCUCUUUCUCACUUUCUUACUGGCUUAUGGAGAAAUUAGCACAAUAUUCCUUAAGUGCGUGUUUUAGAGAGGACGGAUAGCUUCGAUCAUCUGAACUUGCAUACUAAUUGUAUGAUCUCAUUUCAAGCGUGCGGUCUAACCAACUCAGUAUGUACAGAAUGUACUAAAAUGACAAUGAUGAGGAUGAUGAUGCUGCUGGUGAUUAUGGUAUGAUAAUGAUCGUGAUGAUGAUAUAUAUGCACAUAUAUAAUAUAUGAUGAUUGUGGAUGUGUUGUAGAAGAACAAGAACGAGAUUUAUUGUAGCGGAGUACGUAUAUGUGCUUAUGUUUAUUUAAAGUUUCGUGCCGUGUGUUUAAAUGUGUAAUUGAGAAUUAAAGGACUUAGUGCGUACACAGAGUCCAAUAGAGUUUGUAGAACAUGAGAUUAAAGAUUUUCGUCAACUGAAAAUCAUCAACUUUGAUCUUGAUCUUCUUGCUGGCGUGCCAGUGUCAUUACACAAUGUUGCAUUAAUGCCACUGGUAUACUCAUUUUAAUCGAAUCAUCAAUAUAGAUCUAUUUGAAUUUUGCAACUGUGAUUUAAUUGAGGCAAGAUACUAACGGUCAUGAGAUUAAGAAAGGUCAAUAAGAAGAUUUAGUUGAAAGACAAAUUUCAUUUUUAUUUAAGUAAUUGCAUAAUAUAUCCCCUAACAAAAUAAAUUUAGAAUUUUAUAUAAAAAGAAUAUUGAAAUCGGAGUGCAUUUACCUUAUGUUAUAAAAAUGAAGUUUAGUCUUUACUGCUUGAUUCUUUUUUAUUACUUUUUCUUUUUCUCUUCUUUUUUUCUAACUUACUUCUUCGUAGUCUUUAUUACAAGUAAAUUGUGAGUGUAUAAAUAUAUAUAUAUUCUCAAUGCUGAAUUUAUCUUCUUAAUCAAGCAGAUGAAGUUUCAAGGGGUCGUCUAUUCAUUUCUAAUGAACAAUUUUAUGUUGCAACAGCAACAUAUUUACGAUAAGUGUAAUGUUCGUUUUUCGUAUGAGAAACCGUUGGAAUGUAUGGGAAAGAAUAAGUGUGAAAUUGAAGUUGCAUACAGAUUGAUCGCAGCUACCCGAUAUUUAAAAUGCCAUUAAUUCUUUAAACGUUUUGCCUUAAAAGGAGAGAAAGAACAAACGGGAAAAAAGGAAAAAGAAAACGUUUCUAGCGCGUGUAUACACGAACGAUUUAUGUGAGAAAUGUGUUUUACAUUGGGUAUGAUAGGUGCGUAACAAAUAUUUCAUUGAUUGAUUGCGUGUGAAAGGUGGCAUUUCUAAUCUUUCCGACUUCUUAUUUUUUUCUCCUUUCAAUUCACUUUAAAGACAUAUUGCAAGCUUUUAAUAUAUUUUUCGCAAGUAAAAAAACAGAAAGUAAUAUAAGUCUGAAACAAAAUAAGCUGACAUAUUUUACAAACUGAGAGUAGAGUAUUUAUUUUCUAAAGAUCACGAUUAGAAAAAACAAUGGCAAAAAAUUCACUCGUAUUGCAUAUUUAGUAGCCAAUAAACUCUUGCGUAGAUAAACUUUUAAUGAAGAUAGAAAAAGAUAACUGCAGUUGAAUUAUUUUAUGGUAUUAACAAUACGCUGCAUUGAAAUUAAUGUAGGUGGGAUAUUUCCAGAUUAACAAUUAUGAGUACACAUUAUUAAGGGGAUAUGAAAAGGAUUUUUGUGAAAGAUACACUUGUGUUAUCAUAUCUUUUGUGCAUGAUGUUAAUUUUAGAAUGUUUCGUAUUUGACAUGCAUAUAAUUUUAUUAAUUAUCAUUGAGUAAUGCGAGUUUCAUCUUAAUAAAUAUGUAUUAUUGUUACGAGACCAUGUAAAUGUUUCUAAAUCAUUUAAGCAAAACUCUUUGAACGUGUACUCCUAAUUGUAAGAUUAAACAAAUAUUAUAUAAACGUAAACUCAUAAAUUCUAUAAGUUAGGGCUUUUAAAGGAUUUAAAGGAUUUCGAGAAGAAAAAAGUAUAUAAGUUUAUAAUCUAUGUAAUUUAAUGAAUUGUGAUUCGAUAUACUAUUUUAGAAAGCUCUAAUUUUAUCUAGAAACCUAUGUAAACUUCCAGUUGCGUAAUAUUCAGUCAGACUUGCAAUUAGCAGUACGUGUUAGCAUGAUUUGAUCAAAUAUUUGAAUAGCCUGGCUCACCGUGCUUCUUAAGAGUGUAAAGAAAAAAAAGAAACGAUUUCUUCUAUUUUAUUAAAAAAUCGUUGUUUUUUUCUUAUUUUGAUUUAACGGAUUGAGGAGAUUAUUAUUAUAAUCGACAAUUAGAUUGGAUUGUUUUACCUCACGUGUCUCUCUGUGUGUGUGUAUGGCGGUCGAAUGUAUUUGUUAAUGGUCGUCUAAGAACUACAGGCAUGAAAGUCUAAUCGAGAAGUGAUUUCUUGCUGUUUCACGAUCACGAAAGCAUAUAGAUAUUACUAUAUGUGUCUGAUGCAAAAACUUAAACAACGUGUUGAUAAUGAUGAGUGAGUACAUUGAUAAAUGUGAGGUGAGCGGUAAUUAAUUACGAAAAAACAAAAGAUGAAAAAAAAUAUUUUAUGGAUGGAACACAGUCGUUUAUUGAAUGCCUGAAUAUAUAUAUAGAUAAAUAUAUAUAUAUAAAUAUAUAUGCAUAUAUAGAUAUAUAUAUCUUUAUUGAAAUCCAGAAUGUUUAUACAUAAUGUAAAGAAAACAUUGAUGGAAAGUGCGUCGAAGUUUAUUUAUUGACGUCCUGCUGUAAAUGAUAAUCGAUAUACAAAGACUGUAGUUUAAGACAACUUUUAACAGACAUUAGAACCGUUUCUAGCUCAUUAUUAUAGCCGGCUGAUCUAUUUCAAAUCGUUCGCUAUUCACCAUGAGAAAAAUAUUUGUUUAAUUUCUUCUGUUGAACAUCUAACAUAAAUCUAAUCGUGCAAUUAAUAACGUAUAUAUUGUUCUUCGAGGGUGAAAACAAUGCUUUCCUCUCCUUAGAGAGUCAUCGCGAAGCGGAUUCUUCAUCCAUAUAUUUAUGAAUCAGUUGAAUCCAACUGUUGCUCAAAAGAUGCCUUGCGAAACGAUUUGGAAAUGAUCUACGACGAGUGUGUAAAUAAUACGUAAGGAGCAUUAAUGUCGUUCGUGGACGUUUACGAAUUUUGUUGUAGACAGUUCUCUAUUGUAAAUUAAUAAUUGAGAUUGCGUUUCAAAUGAGAAUAUUGAGAGUGAUGAUGACCGAAUAACAUCAAAGUUUUGUCAUGUGAGAAUGUUAUUUUGAUAGGUGGCAGAGAUUGAUUCUUAUUACAUAAGUUCAUUACAGGAUGAUUAAAAACUAUA